CUCUCCCGCCCAGCCCAGGUCUAGAGGAUAAAAGGGGGGCUUGUGGCUUCUGGGUGGCAGAGCCGCCUUCUGCGCGUCCCGCCAAGCUCUUUUUCUUCAGCACCUCCAGACCACUAGCGCCUGGUACUCUUGCUCCACCAGGAACAAGCCAUCAUGUCUCGCCAAUCGAGUGUGUCCUUACGCACCGGGGGCAGCCGUAGCUUCAGCGCCGCCUCUGCCAUCACCCCGUCUGUCUCUCGCACCAGUUUCACCACUGUGUCUCGGUCUGGGGGUGGCGGUGGCGGCUUUGGCAGGGUCAGCCUUGGGGGUGCUUGUGGAGUUGGAGGCUAUGGCAGCCGGAGCCUCUACAACCUGGGGGGUUCCAAGAGGAUCUCCAUCAGCGCUAGCGGUGGUGGCUUCAGGAACCGAUUUGGUGCCGGUGCUGGAGGCGGCUAUGGUUUUGGAGGUGGAGCCAGCAGCGGAUUUGGUUUUGGCGGUGGAGCAGGUGGUGGCUUUGGGCUCGGUGGCGGUGCUGGCUUUGGAGGCGGCGCUGGCUUUGGAGGUGGCUUCGGUGGCCCUGGCUUCCCCGUCUGCCCCCCUGGAGGCAUUCAAGAGGUCACCGUCAACCAGAGUCUCCUGACUCCCCUUAACCUGCAAAUCGACCCCACCAUCCAGCGGGUGAGGACCGAGGAGCGGGAGCAGAUCAAGACCCUCAACAACAAGUUCGCCUCCUUCAUCGACAAGGUGCGGUUCCUGGAGCAGCAGAACAAGGUCCUGGACACCAAGUGGACCCUGCUGCAGGAGCAGGGCACCAAGACUGUCAGGCAGAACCUGGAGCCUUUGUUCGAGCAGUACAUCAACAACCUCAGGAGACAGCUGGACAGCAUCCUGGGAGAGAGAGGCCGCCUGGACUCAGAGCUGAGGAACAUGCAGGACCUGGUGGAGGACUUCAAGAACAAGUAUGAAGAUGAAAUCAACAAGCGUACCACAGCCGAGAAUGAAUUUGUGAUGCUGAAGAAGGAUGUGGACGCCGCCUACAUGAACAAGGUGGAGCUGGAAGCCAAGGUCGAUGCACUGAUGGAUGAGAUCAACUUCACGAAGAUGUUCUUUGAGGCGGAGCUGUCCCAGAUGCAGACACAUGUCUCAGACACAUCUGUGGUCCUCUCUAUGGACAACAACCGCAACCUGGACCUGGACAGCAUCAUCGCCGAGGUCAAGGCCCAGUACGAGGACAUCGCCAACCGCAGCCGCACGGAAGCCGAGUCCUGGUACCAGACCAAGUACGAAGAGCUGCAGCAGACAGCUGGCCGGCAUGGUGAUGAUCUCCGCAACACCAAGCAUGAGAUCUCUGAAAUGAACAGGAUGAUCCAGAGGCUGAGAGCUGAGAUCGACAACGUCAAGAAGCAGUGCGCCAACCUGCAGAAUGCCAUUGCUGAUGCUGAGCAGCGUGGGGAGCUGGCCCUCAAGGACGCCAGGAACAAGCUGGCCGAGCUGGAGGAUGCCCUGCAGAAGGCCAAGCAGGACAUGGCCCGGCUGCUGAGGGAGUACCAGGAGCUCAUGAACACCAAGCUGGCCCUGGACGUGGAGAUCGCCACCUACAGGAAGCUGCUGGAGGGCGAGGAGUGCAGAUUGAGUGGAGAAGGUGUUGGACCAGUCAAUAUCUCGGUCGUCACAAACACCCUCUCCUCUGGCUAUGGCGGUGGCAGUGGCUUUGGUGGCGGCCUCGGCGGUGGCCUCGGUGGUGGCCUCGGGGGCGGCCUCGGUGGAGGUCUGGGCGGUGGAAUUGGUGGAGGUGGUGGCAGCAGCUACUACUCCAGCAGCAGCAGCGGGGGCGUAGGCCUUGGCGGUGGGCUCAGCGUGGGGGGCGCUGGCUUCAGUUCAAGCAGUGGCCGAAGCCUGGGCUUUGGCAGUGGCGGAGGCAGCAGCUCCAGUGUCAAAUUUGUCUCCACCACCUCCUCCUCCCGGAAGAGCUUCAAGAGCUAAGAGCCUCCAGCAAGUCACUGUCUCCCAGCUGCAGCAGCGGCUGGCUAUGGCGCUCCCUCUUCUCGGUGGUUGCCCAAGCCAAGUUUUCUCUUUUUUCUGAAGCGUAGUCAAUCAAGCCUAUUGCAGACCCACGUUCUUUGGUUCCUGGAAGGUGCAGCCCCCACUUUCUAGUCUUCUGUGUCCCGAUUCUACGCUCUGCUUCAAAUCAGCCUUUGGGUCUCUACAGCCUGCUCUUUGGAGAUGAAUCCAAAGUUUUCCAGUAUCUAAACCAUCAAAACAGAGUUCCCGCCCUGAUUCCAUCUGGUCUGACUACCUCCAGAGUGUGUUCAAUAAAAUGCUUUUCUAUAA